AUGCCUCCUGCAACUUUACCGAAAUCGUCCACUCCGAUCAGUGCGCUAUCAUCAGUCGCCACAAAUAAUGCCAACAUGGCUGUGCAAAGCGGUCCUUAUACGAAAACACAAUUUCAAAGUACAAUGGAAGGUUCGCGAACAAUCAAAACUGCGAAAGAAGUCGAACAGCUUCUUCGUGACUAUCCAGCGGCAUUAGAGCUUUAUCGAACAGGAAAAUAUAAAGUAAAAGUGAAAUGUGAAGCAGAUGUUGAACGUGUUAUUCUUGUUGAAAAACGAUCACCGAAAGUUGUAUCCAACAACUCAUCCGUCGCUAAUGACAUCAAUGAAGCUAAUCAAACCGUUCCUGAUGUUUCCAUUACAACUGAACCAGAUAAUGACACGAAAAAAGACCGAAGCCCGAGACGUUCACGCAGUCCAGCCCAAUAUCAAGAUCGUGUUGCACCGACAACCACAACGAUUUCCCAAUCGGGUAACAUUGUUCAUACAACAAUAUCUUCAAUUCGUAUGACAAGUAAUACUCAGCCUAAAGUUGAUCAUCAACGCACACAUUCGAAAGAACGUGAAACNGAUGUUUCCAUUACAACUGAACCAGAUAAUGAUACGAAAAAAGACCGAAGCCCGCGACGUUCACGCAGUCCGACCCAAUAUCAAGAUCGUGUUGCACCGACAACCACAACGAUUUCCCAAUCGGGUAACAUUGUUCAUACAACAAUAUCUUCAAUUCGUAUGACAAGUAAUACUCAGCCUAAAGUUGAUCAUCAACGCACACAUUCGAAAGAACGUGAAACAUCUGUAACACCACAACAAAAGCAGUCGACUAAUCAUCGUAGUCAUUCACGUGAAAGUCAACGUAAGGCAUCGUAUAGUAAACAACAAGGAAAUAAGAUUAGUAGAGAAUAUCCCAAAAUGAUGAUGCCCUAUGCGCCAAAUGCUCCCAAUCCUGGCAAUCUUUGGCAACAGCAACGACCUGUCCAACCCUAUUUCAGCAAUCCUCUGUUACAGCAGCAACGAUCCAAUUUGUUCAUGACUCCAUCCUUUGUUCCACAACAAAACCCAAUCUAUCGACAACCCUUCUACUAUGGACAACAGCCAUCUACUCAUGUUGUUUAUCAGCAACCACAACAACAACCUGUCUAUCCUCCACUAUCCGUCUCGACUGUCGGCAAAGCCAAAUUACACUCUACCAAUAACUAUGCCACGUCAUCCCGAUCUGCAUCGAAUACUAUGGGGCUUCCACCAUCAUUUCGUACAUUUCAUUCCAACCAACAACAGCAUGCCACUCUGCGUCCAAUGUAUCAACCACAAGUUCCCUUCCCCUUCAACUCACCAUGGGCAAACAUGCCCAACCAACCUAUGUCCAGCAUGAUGCCAAACAACAACAUUUAUGCCGAUCAAAAACGAGGCGCAAGAGAUCGUGCACGAAGUGUUGACACAGGUGGUCGACAUAAUCCAGCCAUGCGUGUACCUAACAUGUUUCAACAGCAGCUAGUGCCAGCACUACAACCUCAACAACAACAACAACAACAACAACAACAACAACAACAACAGCUGCCACCUGUUCCUGUGAUGGAACCCAAAGUUCACCAGCAUCACCAUCAUCAUCAUCAUCGUCACCGUUCCCAUCAUACUGGCCAGUCAGUAUCAAGUAAUAAAGAGCAAAGUGUUGUAUCGAAAGAACAGCCACCUGUCGGUGUCGGCGAGAAAUUAACUGUCCGUCAACUCAAUGAGAUUUUCAUGCAAAUGGAUCCAUCAGGUCGCUUACCCUAUACUUCAAUACCCGCUGUUUUACAGCGAUUCGGUAUCACAUUAACAGAAAAUGAUGUUACUUCCGCUGGAAAAGAGCUUGGAUACAAUUUGAAUGAGGCAUUAUCUGCUCGACGUCUUGUUCAUAUCUUAGUUAAAUUAGGUAAAAUAACUAAAUCCAAUCAACAGCAACAACAACAACAACAACAGCAGCAACAUCCACCUAUAUCGCCAUCGAUGCUACCUGAAGAUCGUGAAGUGACUGAUAUAAUGGCCCAACGAAAAGCAAAAGCUGCUCAUUCGGAAUCAUCAACACAACCUAAUCAAUGGAAUUAG